AUGGAUCCUUUACGACGCAGCGUCACAGUCAACUUCGAAGAAUUCGUCGAAGGAAAAUUCACCGAAGCGCGAGUGCUCGCCAUAAAGGAAAUAUUCAAAAAAUACAAAAUCAAAACGAAAAAAAGCAAAGACUCUGUAGAACCGGAUCGGAUGCACACCGCCGAUCUGGGCUCGCUAAUGAGACAAUUGAAUUUCAACCCUUUAAAAGCUGAAAUAGAGGCGAUGAUGAACGACAUUGAUCCGUUCAAAGAGGGAACCAUCACUUUUUAUCAGUUCCUGUAUUUGCUAUGGCACAAAACGCAGACUGGAGAGGAGGAUGACAUUUUAAAAGCUUUUAAGAUAUUCGACGUUAAAGGCAAGGGCACGGUUUCGCUAGAGACUUUAAAGAAAUUAUUGAUGAAAGUGGGCGAGCCGUUUAAUGAAGAAGAAAUGGAAUCGUUCGCUGCAAGAGCAGACUUAAAAGGUAACGGUAUAAUUCAUUACGAAGAUUUCAUAAACAGAAUGUCGAUGGAGGAAUACGACGAAACAGCUGCUAAUAUUCAAUUGGACGAGGAAUCCGAAGAAGAAGAAGAAGAAAACGUUGAAGAAGGAGGCUAA